AUGAAGCAGUGGUUUGAGAAAGCCUGUCACUUAUGGGUGGAGGACGGAGAUCAGGCUAAUGAGAUGCUGCUGCAUCUAGCAGAAGACUUCUUUGAUGCUCUCAUGGCUAUUCAUGACAGUGGAAAAGAGGGGACUUCUCAGGUGACUGAGUUUUUCCUGCCCCUCAUUGGCAGGCUGGCUUCUAAUUCCCAAGUACACAUAUCAGUGCAGAAGGAGGCAGUCCAAAAACUCAACAUGAUCUUGGAUGCGAUGCCUCCUGAGCUGAAGAAAGAAAGGAAAAUAUCGUCAAAAGAGGCUUCAGUUGUUGUAAAAGAACUUGCUGGCAGGAUUGUUGAGGGUGGAGAUUAUGAUCUGCAGGCUGCCAUGCUUGAAGCCAUUUACAGGAUGACAGUUGCUUCCCAGAGAAGAGAGUUUGUGCACAGUUGGUUCACCAUGGACUUUGUGGCCUCUGCCUUCCUGAAGAUACGGGAACCUCAGUUUGAGACGGAUUGCAGAAAAUUUCUGAACAUGGUCAAUGGCAUGAAAGGCGAUAUUGGAAGAGUGUACUCCUACCCAUGUCUCGGGGUGUUUUUGGACAAGUAUGAGCUGUUGAUGCCAUCUGAUGAAAAACUGGAGGAAUUCUGGAUAGACUUCAAUAUUGGAAGCCAGAGCAUAUCAUUCUACUGUACCCUAGCCAGCGAUGAGACGCAGGAACCCAGCUCGACUUGGGAGACAUUUUUCCUGCCCAACAAUGAAGUGGAGAGCUAUUCAGUGGAUGAGCAAGAGAACAAGAAGGUCCUGAGUGUGCUGCUGACCAGCCCGCGGUGUUUAGGGGAGGUCUCGGGCUCCAGGAUCUCUGUCCACUUCAGCUCCUCCCUGGACGUCCUGCAGGCGGCACAGAAAGUGUUUGGAAGUGCGAAGAGCAAAAGAUUUGUCGGAAAGAAGGGCACUUCUGUUGUGAAGACCACUGUCCAGAUCAUCUUGGAUGAAACCCACUCACAGGUCCUCAUCCCAGACAGCCAGAUCUCCCUCAGCCAGCGUUCAGAGAGAGAGCAGCCCGCUAUGAACACGGCUGCCACCUGCAAGCCGCUGCCCCCUAGUGUCCCUCCGCAGAACAGCAACCCCAAACCCCUUCUCCCCCAGAGUGUGAACCCGGGGAGGCCGAAGAUCUCGGAGUCGUCCACGUUUAUCUCGAGCAGCAGCGGCCGCCGUAAGCUGGGAGGAAGCCCCUGCACAGCUGUCUUGCCCUCAUCCACCCCCAGAGGGAAGGUGAAGCCAGCCCUGCAGAUGAUCAGCUCAGUGGAGAGGAAGCAGGAGCUGAGCCUGAGAGAGAUGGUGGCGACCAAGACCUCCCGCGGCAUGAAGCGCUCACCUGAGCUCCCAGGCUCCAGCAAAGAGCAGCAGUCCGUCCCGGUAACUGUCCCUCCUCCACGCAGCGCUAACCCAAGGCCCGACCCGAAGAGAGGCAAUGAGGUACAGAAGUUCCGCAGGCACAUUCCUGUGGACAAAGUGCUGGAGAUGGUGCAGACAGAUGAGUCCUGUGUUGAAGAGGAGCCUCUGGAUGAAAGCAUGGUCCCAGACUCCCAGCCUACCCACAGAAAAGAGAGCAGCGUGCUUCCUGGUCUCUGGAGCGGUGACUUCUCCAAGCAGAAGCGGUCUGUGUGCGACUCAGUGGUUUCAGGACAGAGGACCAACUCCUGCUUGGCUGCUCCCAAACCUGACCCUGCCCCCAAGCCCAGUCCGGCCAGACCAGAGCCCCGGCCUCAGCAGUGGCGGCCCCCCUCAGCCCUGCGCGGCUCCAAAGAGGUCAGCCAGAAAGAGCUGCACAACCAGCUCACCCAGAGACUGGAGGCCCUGGUCAAGAAGAAGGAGCAGGGGACGCCGGCCAAGGGGCCCCUCACUGGCGCAGCAGCAGGCUCCAGCCGGUCCCAGACACCCUGCCGAGCCGGCGCCGGAGCACCAGGAUCAGGUAAGGCCAGAGUUGGGCCUGGGAUGCUGCCCGAGCAGAAGCCUCUCAACCCAACACCGGCCAAGGCUCUGUUAGAGAAAACGACCAACCCUAAAGCUGAGGCGGCUCCGUCGGAUGUCACCAAGAAACCGACCCGGUUGAGUGCUGCCAAAGAGAAGAAAUCAGAUGAGAUGACGGAGAAUAUGCUGAAGUUCAUCUCUAGCCAUUACCAAGGCACAGGCUGUGUUAGUGCAAAAGAUUCUGGGCAACUGUCAGCCAAUGCCAUCAACAAGAGGUCUUUAUUUGAUAAAUCUUGGUCUCUUAACAGCGGCGUAAAAGGAGAUCGUAAUAGCUCAGGAUUUCUGAAAUCAUUUGACAUGUCCAAGAAGGCUGACUUCACAGAGGACAUCUAUGCAUUUCAAAUGAACAGCCCAACCAGUACAGGAAAAAAUAUCAGAAAGACCUCUGAGAAAUCUGUUAUGGAGUCCAGUGCAAUCAGCAGCUCUUUUACCUUUUCUGCAUCUGCAAAGAAGGCCCCCCCUGAAAAGGUGUUCAGCCGUCAUGUGCAAAAGCACCUGUUCAGUGACACGGACACAGACAGGGACAAAGAGAAUGCCACGGACUUCAGCUGGCUCAGGGAUUCCGCUCGUAAGCCCAAACCCAAAGUGGCCGACUACAGCCGCCAGCCGGCCAAAGCCUGCCAGCCGCCGCCAUCAUGUGUGUCAGAUAAGUCCCCAGAUGCGCCUGCUCUGUCUCCCAAACCCGCAAAGGAGCAAGCAAAGCCAAAGAGGAAAAAGCCUCAGAAGAAGCCUGUGGAGCAGAAGGCCGCUGCCAAGCCCUUGGCAGUUGCUAGAGAGACCGCGGCCGUUGCCAAGGCGACAGUAGGGGCUACCAAAGCGACUGCAGGGGGUGCCAGAACGAGUGGCAGAAGGCCCCGCAGGGCCGCAGCCUUGGACGUGUCCUACAAGGAUCCCUCGGACCAGUCAGAGAGUGACGAACCUGCAGCAUUACCGGCCAAGAAACGCAGGACCAGUGACCCUCCCAAGGUGCCCGAGAGGCCGCAGCCAGAGGUGAAGAAGAUCAAGAAGGUCUCUCCUCCCCCUCUGGAGAAGAUGAAGAUCAAGAAGGUCUCUCCUCCCCCUAAGGAGAAGAUGAAGAUCAAGAAGGUCUCUCCUCCCCCUAAGGAGAAGAUGAAGAUGAAGAAGGUCUCUCCCCCUCUGGAGAAGACGAAGGCGGUGAAAGCUCCUCAGGAGUCCUGGGCCUGCAGAGUGGCCUUGUCCCGCUACAGCCCUCCCCCAAUAGAGAGGAUGAGAUCUGCAGGGAUGUCUCCACCAUUAGGCCUGUCGCCCUCCACCCCCCUCCUUCCUCUCUGCCUCUCCCCGGUGGCCCGACCCUCUCCUCCGCCCUCCCUGGAGAUGCCCAAACCCAUGAUGGGCAUCCAGGCCUCGUCCUUCUACAAGCCCGCGUCAGGAGGCAAAGACAAGGACAAGCAGACGACUCCGUCCCUGCCCACUCCUGCCCUUCCGACGCCCAUCGCCAGGACUCCCUCCAUCGCCAGCUGCCGCAGGUCUUGCGGCUCAGAGCAUCCUCCACUGAGCCCGGUCCGCUCUCUGCACUCCCCGGCCCAGCCACUCCUGACCUCCACGGCCCUGGAGAAGUCUCCGGUAGGCUCGCUCCUCAAGUCCACCGACCUCGACCAGCAGCUGCGAGACUUUGUCAAGGCGCAUGGGGGCAUGCUGGAUGCAUCUGACAAGGAAUCUGUCAUCACCAUGGCUACCCUUAGUCAGUCCUCACACCUCUCGGUCAACAACGUGGCCAUACUGUGUACUGAAAUCGAGAGGACACCUGCCUCCAACAAGGGAUCUACAAACAGUGGACAGAUGUUGCAGUCAGGCCCCAGCUUUCCCUCUCGCCAGGCCUCCCAGUCCAACAGCAGUCAUUUAGACAGCGACAGGGAAGAUGACGAUGAUGAAGAUCAGGGGGAGGAAGAGGAGGAAGAAGCAAGGAGUGCACCAAGGCAGAAGGCCCUCAAGAUGAAGCCCAGAAAACUGUUCAAAGACAAAGCAUGUCUGAAGCAACCUGAGCAGAUGCAGAGCAGCUCAGAGGAAGACGAAGAGGAGGAGGAGGAGCAGGAGAACGUCCGAGGAAAGAAGAGGAGGAGAGCGGUCAAAAUGACGAAGAAGAGCUACUACACUGCCCAGGGACACAACACCAGCACAGUGGACAACAUGGAGGUGGAGAUGUCCUCCCACAUGACGUCCAGCACGAGUGGCACCUGGACGAGCGGCCCGCAGGGCAACAUGGCGGCGGCGGACGCCGUGCACGCGGAGAUGAGCAGCUCGCAGGAGAUGGGCUACGUCUGCCGAGAGUUCAGCACCGAGCUCACCAGGAAGUUCCAGAAACGCUCGGAGAAGAUGGAGCUGUACACUAAGCAGUCUCUGAAGACUGUCCAGCAGCAUAUGUCCUCUGUCGGCCUGCAGAUGCGAAAACACAGGUCACAGAGGCUGGAGAAGGUCAAGCAGGCGCUGAUGGAGGAGAUCAGCAAUCUGGAGCAGGACGACAACGCCCUGAAGAGCAUGGAGAAGGAGCUGACGAUCUACUGGAAGAAGCAGACCCUGGCUUUCCACUCGUACCAGGAAAAAGAAUCUCGAAGGCUCCAGCACCUGAAGAACUCCUUUCAGACAAACGUGUGCCACAGUCUGGAAUACGAGCAGCAGAUCAUCAGCUCUGAGAUGUGCCUGAUGAAGAAGGACAUGAAGUCGGUCCAGGAUACAUUUCUUCAGGAGAUGCGAGAGGAAGAGCUCUCAAGCAUGCGUCGAGGACUGCAGAGCCUGUUCUUGUCGGGGGCUCCACUAUUCUAACUCCGCGAAGUAACGAGAAAGUUGUUUUUAAUCUCCUUCAUGUUCCUGUUCACAUUCCGAUUUCAUUAAUGUAAGAAUUCACUUUAGCGCUGAUUCUGUUUAGACAUGUUGAGUAGAUGUUAUAAACCAUAUUUAUUUUAAACCA